CUUAAACUGAAGAUCGUAUUUUUGUUCCUGUGUCAACGUAAAGAAGAAAAGAGCAGUGAUCAGUGGAACCGGGCCAAGUUUAUACCUCAGAUAUUUUUAAAAAAACUUUAACUGAAACGGCUUGUUCUGUCUGAAGCCUGCCAGAAAGCCGCUGCCCUACAGAUCUCCUUCUCGAAGAUGAACUCCAAUGUGGAGAAUUUGCCACCUCAUGUUCUUCGCUUGGUCUACAAAGAGGUUUCAGCUUUAGCAGCAGACCCACCUGAGGGCAUCAAGAUUUAUCCCAGUGACGAAGACAUAACUGAACUCCACACGUCCAUUGAAGGACCAGAGGGAACUCCAUUUGCUGGUGGCAUUUUCCGAAUGCGUCUGGUCCUCGGGAAGGACUUCCCUGCUGUUCCACCCAAGGGGUAUUUCCUGACCAAGAUUUUUCACCCCAACGUGGGCCACAAAGGAGAGAUCUGUGUCAACGUGUUGAAGAGGGACUGGAAGGCAGAACUCGGCCUCAGACAUGUCUUACUUACCAUCAAGUGUCUUCUGAUCCAUCCAAACCCAGAAUCGGCUCUGAAUGAAGAAGCUGGGCGCUUGCUGUUAGAGGACUAUGCAGAAUAUGAGUCCCGUGCCCGUCUUCUUACAGAAAUCCAUGCCCUGGGUGGGCCUGGUGGUACUUCUGGGGUACCUCAAGACCCAAAUGAUGGCCCACAGCCGAAGAAGCAUGCAGGUGACCCUACAAAAAGAGCGGGACCCAGCGUGGCAGCUCUACCAGCAGGUCUGGGUAACGGAGUUAAUGGAGCUAGUACCAACAGCAGCAAUAGUAACAGCAGUAGUAGCCUUAAUAAUGUAGCAGGGAAAAAGAAAGCAGAUAAAAAGCGUGCGCUGAGGCGACUUUAAUACUUCAUUCAAAUAAUCUGUCUGUUUGUGUGUGUAAGUGAGAGAGAGAGAGUGUGUAAAUAUAAAUAUUGAAGUGUGUUAACCAAAUUUUUGUUGUUUUUUUCUCACUCUACUCUGAGAAGAGAUUGUUGAGAUUUUGUACCCUUUGUUUUGCCACCAGUUUUGCUUGUCCUGUUGGCAUUAAAGGUUUAAUUGUUUCUAUACCUGAAGAUAUAAUGAAAAAUAUCAGUUUUCUCUUUGAAAAGAAAGUACACACUUUCACGACAAAAAUCCUGUCAUUUCUUGUCUUUUUCAUUUGGCCCACUCUUACAGAAUGACAUAUAAUGGCUUUCACUGUGUAAAAAAUAUGGCCUCUGAUGUCUAAAAACAAGACAUAAGUCCCAUUGUCUUACACUUAAUACCAGCUAUUUUUAAAGGUUUUUCUUUAUUACGGCUGCUGUGAUGGUACUGUGUACUGUACAGCCUGCUUUGUUCUUGAGUCUCAACUAUGAUGUUAAGUAAAUUUAAAAUCAGGUUUUCAAAAUGAGCUUCAAGAAAAUAUGGAAAACGUUGCUUAAAUGUAUGCAUGGUUCACCAUUGGGAGAUAAAUAUUGCUACUAUUUUGCAAAAGUAACAUCUUUUGUAAAAUGUAUUUUUCACAAUCUAAAUUUAGUAAAGGUAUGGAAAAAAGGUAGCAAUGGAGUAUAUGAAGUCUGUUAUUUCAUUUCUCUCUGAAAUUGUUUCACUGUCCAGUAUUUUUUUAAAUUUCUAAAUAAAGUGUUUUGCUUGUGCGCGAAGACGUAGAACAGUGGCUGGAAGGGAACAGGGUAGGUUUUUGAAGAACUUUUAUAAAACAAAACAAACAUACCAAAAAAACCAUCUGUUUUCUGUAUUACAUAUCCUGUGGUGUGACUCAUCUACAGCCCCUGCUCCCCAAAAACGCAGUGUGUACUCAAAUGCCUUGCUCUCUUAUCAGCCAUGUGGAUACUGGAGAAGCCACCCAUGUUUGACAGUUAUUCCCCCCAUCCAUUUCACUGGCAGGAUUUUUUUUUUUUUUUUAAAUGCAUGUGGGGCUAACACUUUUCAAGGUUAUGCACUCAAAUGCUGUUUUAGUGUGGAUGGAAAUUGCCUCUUAAACUCAUGUUUAGGUGCAAACUGUUGGCUGGAUAUUUUGUGUCCAUUUUAAAUUAUUUAAAUUAAUAAAACGUUGAAAUACAAGAAGUGAUAUGAAAAA